UUAAAUUAACUCCAAAUGCAAUGGAAAUAAAGAGAUUAUUAGAAUAUUUUCUGAUGAUAUAAAUUACAUAAAUCAACUACAAUGUCCUAAAUGAUCAAGAUGUAAACUCUAAACAAAUUGGCAUUGAUGAUGGAUACCCAGCUUUAAUGGCUGUAAUAAGUAGGAAAUUAAAUAAUGUCAUCUUGGUAUUUAAAGGAUAGAAUGAUAUUAUACCAAAUGGGAAAUGGGAUAUGUAGUUUAAAUAGUAGGAUCUUAAAAGAGAUGUGGAGGUAAGGGUGAUAUUUUGAGUGGAUUGAUUGGACUCUACUCUUAUUGGUCUUAAGAAUAAAAGUAGACAAGAUCUAAGAAUGUAUUUAAAAAGUGUAGUGACAAGAAGAGCUGCUAAUAUGGCAUCUAAAAAGAGCAUUAUUCAUCGACUCCUAAAAUUAUUGAUCAUAUUGGAG